CCGAGAUAUUAUUACUAAUCCACUGGGCCCGACGCCAGAUGUGCCGACGCUCCCAGUGUCAGAGCCCCCAGGACGGCAUCUCCCCCACACCCGACCUAUCCAAAGCAUCAUGUUCCGCUCCGAUCGCGGCCGACGGCGUGAGGAUGUGCAGCGCAGUCUGUCGCAUUCCAUCACUGACGCGAGUGCCGCGACGUCGGGGUGGUUCCAACGACCGUCCACGCGAUCCACGUCCCAUCGACGACAACACGAUGCAGACAUGGCCGACUGGAUGUCCCGCAGCGGCCCGGCCACGCAAUUCUCGCGUCUCCACACAAACGACCGAAGCGUUCAGUCCACGCCGUCCAUGUCGGACACGCAGUCGUCCAUCUUCAAGUCGCUGCGAGGCGGAACAGUCAUGGCGCCAACGUCGACUCGAAUGGGCAUUGCAGCGACAGCUGGCGGAAUGCACUCGGUCCAUUGGGAAGGACAGGUGCGCAAGAAGGGCGACUGGUUGCCUCGAUGGGAGUCGCGAUACUUGGUUCUGGAUGGCACCGUCCUGCGAUACUACAGCAAGCAGGACGACGCCCGGUUGGGCAAGCAUCUGCGUGGCAAAUUGAUCUUGACCCAUGUGAGUCCCGAGAUACAUAAGAAGAAGGAACACACGUUCGCCGUUGAAACGACAGGGCGCAAGAUGUUUUUCAUGUCGUGCGAUACCGAGCUGGAAAAGGACAUGUGGGUGGAGAUGAUCCAGGCCGCAAUCAGCGAAGCGGCGGCGCCCCAGCGACAGCACGCCAACCGUCACGGCCAACCACCGCUCGUGCCAGCAUCGUCUGCGCAACACCAUCAUGCCAUGGUGCCUCCUACGAUGCACCACCACGACCCGCGCGUGUUCCAUGAACUCCAGCCUCCGGUCUUGACCAAGAACUCGAUUUUCUCGAGCUGCGCCGACACUCCCCGCGAUGCCGUCCAUGCUGACAUUCGCGAUUUCUACAACGCCCUCCGCAAACUGCUCUUGUCGCACUCGUCGUCGGCGCAGUUCUUCCCGAAACUCAGUCGUGACAUUGCGCUCACGUCCAACUACGCGCCGACCGUUCCAUUCUGGGGCGACUACCACGGCCUCGACGGCAUCUUGCACUUCUUUUCCAUCCUUUACGACAACGUUGACUACUGCUCGUUCUUCGUCACAGACAUCGCGUACACGACGGACGGCCGGACUGCGGUCGUAUCUGGCCGCGAAACCAUGGUGAACAAGGCCAACAACCGCAAGUUCACGCAGCAAUGGCAGCAUGCACUCGAAAUAGCUCGGGAUGGCCGCGUCAAAGCGAUCGCGAUCACAGCCGACCCGAUCGCUGCGUCGGCCGUGUUUGGAUGCAAUGCCAUGUCGAGCUUGCGCCUUCCUCGCUCCGAAUACGACAUGGACUUUGGCAUGUCUUCUACCCCCGGCGCGUCGUCCACGUCAUGGCAGUAUGCCGCGGCCGCCACGACGACCGCUUUUCCCAACGGACUCGUUCAAGUUCAUGUGGUGCGGGGCGAGCAGCUUGGCGGGCUCGACGACGACGACGACGACGUCGAGUACGACGUGAAUCAUUUGAAGGACAUGGCGAUGGCAUCGCCGUACAGCAGCCACCAUCACAACAAUCAAAGGCCGAGCAGCGCGGCCACUUCACAGCGCCACUCGACAUCAUACAUGUUUGCUUUUUGCAUGGAAAAGACCCCGGCGGUGCAGGGAAGCAUGCCGACGUCUCCCGUGGUGGCACGAACUGAAGCUGCGGUGGCUGACACGGUUGGCGAUCCUCGAUGGCAUGGCAAUGGUGGCGAUGUGACCGUUCCGUUCGAAGGUGCUGUCGCGACGGGGCAGCCAUGCUUUGUCAAGGUAGAAGCGUGGAAAAUGACUCAGCGCCGCCUCAUGUCGCCGCUGGUGGAGGAUUCCACUCAAGACGACAACGAAAGCCGGCAUGUGGAGCUCCUUGGCGUCGCCAAGAUCAACCUGUCGCCGUUCAUCGCGCUCGCUCAAUCUCGACCGCACGUCGACACGAUGCCCCAAUGGUACACGCUGCUGUCCGUCGGGACCACCCCCGCAUUUGCGUGUGGUCGCGUGCUCCUGAGCGUCCACUUUGAAGCCCUCGGAAACCACAACACUCGGUCGCCGUCCAGGACACCCAUGCCGAUCGUGACGUCGCCGGCAACGACGCCUAUCAAGCUAUACAAGCAACUGUCGUACGCGGACGCGAGGCGGACCAACAGGACGUUCCAAGUGGGCAACACCAUGUUCGACGUGCCUGCACGGUAUGAAAUGAUCAAAGCCGUCGGGCAAGGCGCGUACGGGUGUGUGAUCGCCGCCAGCGACAUCGAAACCGGCCAGUCGCUCGCAAUCAAAAACGUCCCGAACGCGUUCAGCGACCUCAUCGACGCCAAGCGGAUCCUGCGCGAGAUCCGAUUGAUGCAGCACCUGCGCCAUCCCAAGCUCGUGAAUCUUGUCGAUUUGUUUCGACCGCCGUCGCUCCACGACUUUGAAGACGUGUACAUUGUGACCGAACUCAUGGAAACGGACCUCCACCGCGUCAUCAACUCGAACCAGAUCCUGAGCGACGACCACAUUCAGCACUUUUUGUACCAAAUGCUCGUGGCCGUCAAGUUUGUGCAUUCGGCAAACGUCCUCCAUCGCGACUUGAAGCCGAGUAACAUCCUUGUGAACGCCGACUGCGACAUCAAACUGUGCGAUUUUGGCUUAGCUCGUGGACUCCGAGACCCCCUCGACAACCAGCAGAACGAAGCUGCCGCGGACCAACUUACAGACUACGUCGUGACGAGGUGGUACCGAGCGCCAGAGGUCCUCCUCACGUGCGCUUAUGGCAAGCCCAUGGACAUGUGGGCGAUCGGGUGCAUCCUGGCCGAGCUCAUUGGGCGGCGACCGCUCUUCCCCGGGACAGACUUUUUGCACCAGCUCAAGAUCAUCAUGGAAGUUGUUGGGACGCCGGACGAAUCCACCCUCGAUUUUGUCACGCACGCCAAGGCGAAACGAUUCAUCACAAAACAACCCAAGCGAAGACCGAUUCAGUUUGCAUCGCUGUACCCGCGCGCGUCGCCGCUGGCCCUCGACCUCCUCGAGCAGCUUCUCGCAUUUGAUCCGCGACAACGCAUCGACGUCGACGCUGCCCUUGCCCAUCCAUACCUGAGCGGCAUCCGCGACCCUGCGCUGGAAGUGACGUGUCCACGCGGCGCGUUUGAUUAUGCAUUUGAAAACGUGGAGCUGACCAAAUCCAACCUCCAGGCGCUCAUGUUUGAGGAUAUUUGUCGCUUUCACCCGGAAACGUUGGUCGGAGUCGAUUCACCUCCACGGCAUCCUCCCGUCCACAAGAAAAUCACACCGACGUAGGAUACAACCACUUGGGCAGGCAGCAUGUUAACGAAUCCUAGCCACAAGUACAUGACUCGCGCC